UAACUUAAAAUUUUCCGAAGGGGGAGUCCUCCCUUUAAUGACUACCGACUCGUAGUGCGUGGCCACUGGCUAGCUCAGCGAAGAGGGUGGGGAUAAAAAAAACCCUUCCAGACCUCGCCCCAGUCGUAGCUUCACUCCAGCGGCAGGCAGCUAGUCUCUUAGCGGCGCGAGAGACCCACACCUCUCUACAUUCGACAAUAAGGGGAGACUGGCACAGCAGUGUCAACUGAGGGUUGAAAUUUAGCAACGAUGUUUAGGAAAACCUUGAAAAAGGACCCCGAGCUGUUCCAGAACGUGUCGGAUGGGCUGCGGCGGCUUUACCGAACCAAGCUGUUCCCGCUGGAGGACACGUAUCGAUUCCACGACUUCCACUCCCCCGCACUCGAAGAUGCCGACUUCGACAACAAGCCCAUGGUACUCCUGGUGGGCCAGUACUCCACCGGUAAGACCACCUUCAUCCGGCACCUCAUUGAGCAGGACUUCCCCGGUAUGCGUAUUGGCCCUGAGCCGACCACAGACUCUUUCAUCGCUGUGAUGCACGGCGAGCAGGAGGGCGUGAUACCCGGCAAUGCCCUGGUCGUAGACCCGAAAAAGCCGUUCCGCAAACUCAACGCCUUUGGAAACGCGUUUCUCAACAGGUUCAUGUGCGCACAGUUGGCUAACCCUGUCCUGGAGAGCAUCAGUAUCAUUGAUACUCCUGGAAUCCUGUCAGGAGAGAAACAGAGGAUAAGCAGAGGUUAUGAUUUUGCUGCUGUACUCGAGUGGUUCGCCGAGCGCGUGGACCGCAUCAUCCUCCUGUUCGACGCUCACAAACUGGACAUCUCAGACGAGUUCUCCGAGGUGAUCCGUGCUCUCAAGAACCACGAGGACAAAAUGCGCGUGGUGCUGAACAAAGCGGAUCAGAUCAGCACUCAGCAGCUGAUGAGGGUCUACGGAGCGCUGAUGUGGUCUUUGGGAAAAAUCAUCAACACACCUGAGGUGGUGCGUGUGUACAUCGGCUCAUUCUGGGCCCAGCCCCUGCUGGUCCCUGACAACAGGAAGUUGUUUGAGGCGGAGGAACAGGACUUGUUCCUGGACAUUCAGUCUUUGCCACGCAACGCUGCUCUGCGCAAACUCAAUGACCUCAUCAAGCGAGCACGUCUCGCCAAGGUUCAUGCCUACAUUAUCAGCUCUCUGAAAAAGGAGAUGCCCAGUGUGUUUGGAAAGGACUCCAAGAAGAAGGAGCUGAUAGCCAGUCUGGGAGAAAUCUACCACAAAAUAGAGAAGGAGCACCAGAUCUCCCCUGGAGAUUUUCCCAACCUUGCAAAGAUGCAGGAGCUGCUGAACAACCAGGACUUCACCAGGUUUGCAUCGCUGAAACCCAAACUACUAGAGUCCGUGGAGGACAUGCUCGCCAACGACAUCGCCCGCCUCAUGGCGAUGGUGCGUCAGGAAGAAGCCGCCAUGCCAAGCCAGUCUGUGAAGGGCGGAGCCUUCGAGGGAACCAUGAGCGGACCCUUUGGCCACGGCUACGGCGAGGGGGCUAGCGAAGGCAUCGACGAGCUGGAGUGGGUGGUGGGUCGCGACAAGCCUACGUACGAUGAGAUCUUCUACACUCUCUCCCCCAUCAAUGGCAAAGUGUCCGGAGCUGCAGCCAAAAAGGAGAUGCUGAAGUCCAAACUGCCCAACACGGUCCUGGGAAAGAUCUGGAAGCUGGCAGACGUGGAUAAAGAUGGCUUCCUUGAUGACGAGGAGUUCGCCCUGGCCAACCACUUGAUCAAGGUGAAGCUGGAGGGCCACGAGCUGCCGGGUUCGCUGCCCGAUCACCUGGUGCCCCCAUCAAAACGUGGGACAGUUCAGCAAGACUGAAGGUCCAGAGAGGAGGGGGGGCAGCCUGGAGAUCUGUCAACACUCAUGUUAGGGACUCUCAGUGCCAAAAGUUUAACCACGAGCACGAACUGCAUCGUCCGCCUUCAAACUGUGAGUCCCCAGGCUUCUUGACACACCCGGACCAGGCAUUGCUGUGAUCUGACCAGAGAGAGACUGGAGGGUUUCUGGGGGGGGCAUUCAUUGGGGGGGGGGGGGGGGAUUAUUCAUG